CCAUUUUUUGUGAAAAAUACCCCAGAACACGACAAGUGCCGCGAAUCUUAAUUGAAAAAAUAAAUAAAAUACAUUUUAUGUGUGAAUAAUUUUAAUUAAAUGAACUAAAUUGUGUGCUCAAACUUAGCAAAAUGAAAAGCGCCAAAAUCGAUAUAAGUCUCGACCUAGACUGUUGGAUUGAAGAACUUUCCCCAGCUCAGUUAGCGGCUUAUGAAAAAGUCGCAAACGAGCACAAUGCUAUUAAAAACUCCCUAAAAUCCCUAAUGGGAACCAACGAGGGUAAAGAAUUGUUCUAUGGUGAGGUAUUCUCUGCGUAUUCCUUUAAAGGGAAAGUUCUGCAGGAAAUCAAAGAAGCGACAGUUCCGAAAAAACCGCCACCAGUUACCAAACUUGAUAAAGCUGAACGUAGAAAGCGCGCCGCCACAAAUUUGGUGUAUAUGGAAUCAUCGGACGAUGAUGAGGAUAAUAUACCCCUGGCCAAGCGUGUACUCACUCCACCUCCAUCGUCAGCUUCAUCAAAACGAGGCAGACCCUCGAAAGGAACUCAACAGGCGGUCACAACCUCGGUGACCAAAGGAACACCAAAAUCGUCUGCUAGCGUUGCAACAAGGACCGCAUCGCCACAACUGUCACCAGUUCCAACUACGAAGUCGAGCAAAGUCUCCUCAAAGACCACACCCAAGGGAACAGCCAAAAGUUCUCUGGAUCUUGCUUCGCAAAAUUUCCGCCCAUCCGAAAUUACAUCAGUUGGUGGUUUGGUUAUUGAUUCCGAGGCUAAGGACAAUAAGGCCAAGGCUUCAGAGAAGGACGGCAAGUUGCAGGGAAAGACAUUCCCGUCGUUGGUUGUCUUGGCCAAACCAUGGUUGAAGGUCAAAGAUAUGUCCGCCACACGAAGCAAAUUGGAUUCCAAGGUUAAGCUGGUGCUAAUGCUUACACCCAACAAGUUCACCGAGUGGCUCAUUCAGGAGGGACUCCUUAAAUCCGAACAGAAAUGCACCAAUCAUAAGACGAAUGAGCUUAAAUUGGGUGUUUACUCGGAUGCAACAAAAUUCCCAUACUCAGGUGGCUACGUCUGGAUCAGUGAAUGCUGCCCGACUCGCUUUGUAUCUGUUUUCCAUGGUUCCCUCUUCGAAGGAGCCCCAAAUCCUCCAUCGUGCAUUUUAAAACUUAUUUACCAUUGGUCAUGCCAGACAAACAUUCAAAAUGUUGUCCAAUGGGUGAAAGUGGAUAAUGUCUACAUCAAAGGAGUCUACACAUGGCUUCGUGCCGCAUGCACCUUAGCAAUCCAUCAAAAGUGCAAGCUUAUGGGUGGACCUGAUAAAUAUGUUGAGGUUGGAGUAAUAUCCCUUGGAACAACCAGCCAAGAUGGCCAACAACGCCAAGUUAAAGUCGAGGUUCUUGGUGUCUUGGAUUAUGCAGAAAAAACCAUCCGUCUGCGAGCUGUGGAACCAGUUUCGGACGCUGACCGAAACUAUAAGAAGCGCUUCCAAACAAUUUUGGAGCCCCUAUCACGAUGGGUGAACAAAGAGAGUAUCAUUGCUAUUGAUCUCACAGUUGACAAGAUGACUCUCUAUCAAAUGGGAUUCAAGAAUAUAGUCCAAGCGGCUGCCAACGAUUCCACAGCGAAGCAUACCAACUCCUCCGUAAUGGACUAUCUGCGUCGCAUAGUCCCAAGGAUGUUCCAAAACACAUUGAGUCUGCUGUCGAGGCAGAUGAUUCAGCAAUUCCUCGACGAACUCGUCUGGAGGGAACAAUUCGGAACGUAUGCCCUCCAAGCAUUCAACAACAUCACAUCACAUUUGGCCGAGCAAACGAGGAUGAAUACCGGUGACACAUUGACUCAGAGAUUGUAUCAGGUGGCUACGAACCCAUUCAAAGAUUGGAGCGUUAUUCAAACGUCCACAGACAGUACACCAUCGACGUCUACGACGCCAAAACGCUUGAAAAAACCAAUCAAUGAAGCUGACUAUGCCCCUAACUCGGCAGUUCUCAAGACAAUAAAAACCGAAAAGAAAGAAACUCCCAAACGUAAGCUGGUCGUCGAAGAACCCACUGCCACCGUAAAAGUGGAAAAGAAAGCUAAAACAAGUGCAAAAGAAAUCCAUCCUGUAACACCGAGUUCGAGCAAAAAAACUGUCGACAUCAAACCCAAAAUUCAAUCACCCGAAAUGAAAGGACUCGAAGAAUUGUACUACGGCGUCAAGGAGGGCACCGCUAGAAACUUUGAACCCUUCACAACAAAACAACUCCUCGAUUGUCCGAUUUGUAGUGAUUCCUUUGAUUCGAAUGAGAAGCUCCAGACUCAUUUGGUUGCGCACAUUUCAAUCGAUGGCAAAGAUCAUCAGUUCCAGUGUUUGUUCUGUUUGCAGAAACAUGCAAGUGAGACAGUUCUGUCGAAGCACAAUCAAAUUAUGCAUCCGAUGGAAUCAAAGGCAGGCACACAAUUUUGUUGUUUGAUAUGUCAACAAAGACACACGAGUUUGCACUUUUUGACUGUUCACAUGCAGAAAACUCACAAUGUUCUUGAGUUGCCGUACGUUUGUGAGGCUUGUGAGUAUAGGUCUUCGUCGCACAGGGAUUUGGUGAGACAUUUCUAUGAUGAUCACAAACAGCAGAACUUUUUGCAAUGUCCUUUGUGUUUGGGUAUUUUCCGAAUAGCAGUUAAAGGUGAAUUGAAGCCAAAGAAUGUAGAAGCCUUCUACAUGCAUCUAAAGGCCCAUUUGCCAAAAGAUGAACUGAAAAAGUGUCCUAAAUGCGCACUGAGCUUCCAUGAAAAAGGAUUCUUGAAAAGACAUUUGGCAUAUCAUCAUCAAAGCAACUAUAAAGUGGCAAAUCAUAUUCGUCCGCUAUUAUCGAAUUCUGUUCUAAUUGAGAUCCCUAAGACCCGAGGACACAACAAGGAACCAACUCCUUAUGCUGUCCAAACUAAAUUCAAAGAUUUGUACAUCUAUUUGAAGGCCGGAAGCAUUUGCGCUGAAUGUGACACCGAAGUCCUAAAUGAGGAUCAUUUUAUUGGUCAAUUGAAAUGCACAAAAUGUGCCUACAAAACUUGCUGCGAACGUGCAAUGUUCCAACACUCGACCGUCUGUCAGAACUCAAGCAGCAAUAAUCUUCCUGGUGCAAUGGAAUUACCCUCGGCAGAAGAAAUGCACUGCGUUUGUGGAUUCUCCACGGCAAUUGGCAAUAAAAUGGCACGUCAUUUGGCGCUAUGUUGCCAUAAGUCGGCAUAUUUAAGUGUUGAAAAUGCUCUCGAAAACACAGUCAAACGUCAUAUGCUCGAUAUGUUGGGAUUGGUGCGUCGUGAUGGCGAAAAGAUGACUGAUUCAGAGACAGCAACUGAUACAGAGACGUCAGGUGCAACAACAGCAGCCACAGCAACAGAAGAGGUUGCUUCUGCUACUACUCCUGGUCCAGCAUCUGAAUCAUCUCCUCCAUCUGAAGAUCCAUCACCGGCUGAUGAAUCUCAAGAGAACAUCGAUGAACCUUUGGAAGAAGAACAUUUGCUCGAAACAGAUCAGGAAAAGGACGAUUAAAGAAGAGGUUUGUUGUGGUUUGUUUUCUUUUUUGUAUGGUUCUUAAAUAUACAAAUAGUACAUAUAGUUGUAUUAUACAUAAAUAAAAAUAUAAACAGACAAUUAAUAAAGUAAAAAAGAUUAUUGCAAUA